AUGGCUGCCUUCCUCUCCAACCUGGUUCAGUUCCAGGGCCUACUUCAAAUGAUCUUAGUGCUGGGAAUUGGUGGCAGUUUCCCAUAUGGAUUCCAUAUUUCUGUCAUCAACUAUCCUUCUGUGUACAUCAGGAAGUUUAUAAAUGAAACCUGGAUAGAUCGACAUGGCUCUCCCCUCCACCCUGAGACAAUCAUGCUGCUCUGGUCCUUCAUUGUGGCUGUUUAUGGGAUAGGAGGAUUCCUGGGAAGCCUUUGCUGUGGAUACCUGACUACAAAAUACAGGAAGAAAAAGUGUCAAAUGUUCACCAACCUGAUCAUGUUGGUAGCUGCACUUUUCAUGGCCCUCAGUAAAACAGCCAAAUCCUUUGAGAUGGUUCUGGUUGGGCGUUUUCUCUAUGGCAUUGGUGCAGGUAUGUCACCAUGGCCUGCAUCCUGCAGGCCCCUGACUUGCUGUCCUGGGCUUGUCUCUACAGCCAUCCUUGAAGAAUGGUUUCUAAAGCAAACAAAACCAGGUUUUUCUCUCAAUAUACAUCCUCAGUAUGUAGGAGAGAUUUCACCCAAGAAGUUGCGUGGGUUUACCAACUCCACUGUUGCUGUUUUUCUGACCCUGGGAAAACUCACAGGACAGGUUGUUGGACUACGGGAGAUUUUAGGAAGCGAAGCUUUGUGGCCAUGGUUGUUAGCAUCUAGUGGACUUUCAGCAUUGAUUCAACUGGUUACCCUCCCAUUUUUCCCUGAUUCACCAUCCUACCUCCUGAUACAGAAGGGUAAUGAGGAAGCCUGCAGGAAAGCCAUCAGGAAGCUCUGGGGGGAUGGAGACUACCAAGCAGAAAUCGAUGACAUUAUGAAGGAGAAGGGUGCGGCGGCGAGCACGAAAACCUUGCGUGUCCUGGAAGUGCUAAAAGAGCGAUCUUUGCGCUGGCAGCUCUACGUUUUGAUGAUUGUCAUGACCACGCUGCAGCUCUGUGGAAUAAAUGCAAUAUACUUCUAUUCUUUUGAAGUAUUCCAUACAGCCAAGUUUGAAGAAUACCUUAUCCCAUACAUGUCCCUGGGAGUUGGGCUGUGUGAGUGCUUAUCCACCAUACUGUGUAGCACCCUUAUAGACCGGUUUGGGCGGAAGGUGCUGCUCUGGGGUGGAUAUUUGCUGAUGUGUUCUGUGCUGGCACUGCUCACCAUGACCCUGUCACUGCAGCAUCGUUUUUUCUGGAUGCAUUACUUCAGUGUUAUCUUGAUCUUCCUGUUCGUGGUCUUCUUUGGAGUUGGACCAUCUGGAGCCACCAUAUCUGUGAUGGUUGAAAUCUUCAGCCAGUCAUACAGACCAUCAGCCUUUCUGAUUGUUGGCUGCAUCAACUGGAUGGGACUCAUUGGAAAGAGAGGGGAGCAGGAGAACAAGGUCUGGUCCAAACUGCUUUGUGAUCUGAUGAGCAAACAACUGAAAAUACCAUUUGACAGAACCUACAUCAGCUUCUUUGACAUCAGUCCUGGCAAUGUGGGCUGGAAUAACACCACCUUUGCUUGA